AUGGGAAGUAGUUUCUUUGGUAGACCAAACAUGAGAGGAUCUUCGCCGGCUCCAACAUCGUCUCCUUCAUCUCCGGCUACGAGAAGAGGGAAGAAGAAUGGUUCCGAGAAGCCAAAGCAGCCACAGAGAGGCCUUGGAGUAGCACAACUGGAGAAGAUUAGAUUACACGGCGAGAUGAGUUGCAAUAGCUUCAACAAUUACAAUCCUUCUUUGCAUCGUCAGGAGGAUGUGAGAGGAUAUUCAUCCACACCAUCAUCAUCAUCAUCAUCAUCACCAUCAUUUACAUAUGCAUUAUCAACACCAACAUCAACUCCUAAUGGCUUCGAUCCGAACAUGAUGGAACCAAGUUCUACAAGGCGAAGUAAAUCGUUGGGAUGGGGAAACCAAAACUCGGGAUCAAGUGACAGUCAAGAGCUAGAUUUGGAGUUGAGAUUGUCACUUUGA